AGAUCACAACUUCCAGAAGCCCGACUGUCUUCUCGUCACUUGCUCUGUAGCUCCAGCUUCACCAGAUCUUGGAAUGGCCCCCAACUGCUCCUGUUCCACUGGCAGCCCCUGCACCUGCUCCAGCUCCUGUGGCUGCAAAAACUGCAAAUGCAUCUCCUGCAAGAAGAGCUGCUGCUCUUGCUGCCCCGUGGGCUGCUCCAAGUGUGCCCAGGGCUGUGUCCACAAAGGGGCAUCGGACAGGUGCUCGUGCUGUGCCUGAUGUGAGGACAGUGCCCCUCCUAUGUGUAAAUAGUAUGGACCAACCCAAAGUUUUUCAUGUGGCUCUACCCUGUUUACUAAACCCCCUUUUCUACAAAAUAUGUGAAUAAAAAGCCAUUUUGAUUCUAA